AUGAGCCAAAGCGGAGGGUCAACAUCCUCUUUUCAUGGUGGACAUCAAAGGAGAUUAUCACAACAAAAUUCACAUAAUAUACAUCAAUUGAAUAAUAGUACAGGUGGCAUUGGUAUUAAUACCAAUAGAUUAGGAAGUACAUCACUAUCUACAUCACCAAUACUUCAAUCCUCUACUUCACAUCCAGCAUUACCACUAUUAAAUACAUUUCAAUUAGAUUUAAUAAAUACACAUAUACCAAAUUCUCCACCUACUAUUAUUUCAAAUAAUAAUAAUAAUAAUAAUAGUAAUAAUAGUAAUAAUAGUAAUAAUAAUAAUACAACAUCAACUACAACUACAACAAUUCCUAUGGUAUCAUUAUCAUCAUCAUCUGUACCUAUUGUUACAAUGCCAAUUAUAUCGUCAUCACCUUCACCAUCUCCAUCAGCCAAUGCAAAUAUAAAUGUAGCAUCCUCAACUGGAGGAGGAGCAACAAAUGCCACAACAACAACAACAACAACAACAACUACUACUACGCCAUCACAACCAACAACAACAACUACACCAAUAACAACAGCAACAACAACAGCAACUACACCAAGUACAAAUUUAUCUUCACCUAUACAGGUUAAUCCGCCAAUAGGGUCAAUACCUACAUCAUCUUCAUCAUCAUCAGUACCAAUACUUAAUUUACCAACAACAACAAUAACUACUGCUGCAGUAGCAACUCCCACUAUUGGUACUACUACUACUAAUAAUAAUAAUAAUAAUAAUAAUAAUAAUAAUAAUAAUAAUAUAUCUAUAAAUACACCAACUUCAUUGUCUCAUUCUAGUCAUAGUAAUCCAAUUGUAUAUAAUAUAAAUAGUAAUAAUGAAGAUACAACACCAGCAUUAUCAACUAUAACAACACCACCACAGAUUUCAAAUAUAAAUACACCCACACAAAUUUCAACUCCAUUAUUAUCUUCUUCACCUCAACACCAUCAACAAUUUCAACAAGAGAUGACACAGCAACAACAACAGCAACAACAACAACAACAACCAAAAAAAGGAGCAAAUACAGAAGUUUAUGGAUUUGUUUAUUGGAUUGCAACAUUUUUAGGAUAUAUAUUAUAUCUAUUAUGGGCAUUUAUACCAGAGAGUGUGUUAUCAGAAUUGGGUGUACACUAUUAUCCAAGUAAAUAUUGGGCGAUUGCUAUACCAAUGUAUUUGGUGGUUUGUGCGAUCUUUGGUUUGGUUGUUUACUUUUGUAUUAACCUUAUUAUCACUGAACCAUUGGAAUCAUUCAAUACAUUCAAAGAUCAAUUCUCUCAUGAAGCUGACCAUGCAUUUGCUUAUCUACCUGAAUCGAUACCGCCACUUGAGGAUAUACCAAUUGGUGUUGUAAAUGAAAUUUUAUAUCAACAACAACAACAAAGACCAUCACAUACUCAAAGUAAUAGCAUUGGUAAUAAUAAUAAUAAUAAUAAUAAUAAUAAUAAUAUUAAUAAUAGUAACAAUAUUAAUAGUAUUAAUAAUAACAAUAGAAAUAUAAAUAACAUUUAUAAAAAAAAUAUACCAAAUAAUAAUUUAUUACCAUCUAAACCAUUAUCAUCACCAAAUUUAUAUUCUACAUCAUUAUUACCUCAAUCAAUUAUUUCAAAUAUAAAUUAUGGUAGUAAUUCACCAAACAAUUCAUUAUUUUCUCAUUCAAAUCAAAGACUAUCUACGACAAAUACCAAUGGUAAUCCUUCAACACCUGUUAUAACGAAAAGAAUUUUAAAUUUACCUUCAAAUUCUAUAAAUGUGUCUGGUUCACCUUCAAAUUCACCAAGAUUAUUUACAAAAUAA